UUUUUGGAUGUUUAGUGUUUACUUAUAUUUUGUUUAUUGUAUGAUCACCAUAAAGCAAUUUCUCUGAUUAUUUCCACCAUCAUUCUAUCGUUUAUUGUCCAUCGGCUGAUUGACUUUCUUCUUGGAGCCAGUUGCUGUCUCUAACCGUCUAACGUUUGUUGCAGCAGUUUUCUCAGGAUGGCUGACGAAACUCCAAAGGCAGCGCCAUCCUGUCUGCAUCCCACCGUCUGGUAUUUCGAAAUUCCGGUGGAGCACUUCGACAAAUCGUACCAGGCACUGGUGACGACAUAUACAGCGAUCAUCAAGCCAGAAACGGUCAAUGCCCACAAAUAUUUCAGCAUUCCACCGACACCUUGGAAAGUGUCACUGGUGAUGAACCAGUCUCUCGCAACCUCCACUUUCAGCGUUACACCAACAUGCGAGAAGGGCGUAUUAUCCUGCCGGGAAAACCUGCUCGUUGAAUGUACCGUUAGUGGCACAAGUGGUCGCCAUGGAACUACAUACAACGUGGUCAUCGGCUCGACCGGAUGGCAUGGUGAGUCAGAAAUAUCAAUCGGCCCGUCAUCGAUUCCGGUAGACGCCGCUCACGAUCACGAUUACUACGAAAGCACCCACUAUGUUAUCCGUCCCGGAACCGUGAUUCAUGUGAAGCUGGAGUUUUACGCGAAAGAUUCGGAGAAACAAUCGUUCGAUGCUUGCCGAAAUCGGCUUCUGCACAAGUUGGGCGACCUCUUACGAAGUGGCCAGCUAGCGGAUUGCCAACUGGUUUCGCGUGAUGGGAAAUCUUUCGCCGUGCAUCGUGUUAUGCUGGCUGCUCAGUCGCCGGUGUUUGCCGCCAUGUUCGAAGAUCAGAUAAAGGAGAAAAUGUCGGGAGAAUGCAGCGUCAAGGAUGUGGACGGAGCUGUCUUGCAGGCUCUGAUCACGUCUGCCUAUGCGUGUGGCCCACUGGAACUUCCGGCCGAGAAUCUCCCCGAUCUGUUUGACGCAGCUGAUAAAUAUGGUAUGGAUGAUCUGCGGCUGCACUGCGAAAACGUCAUGAUCAGUGCAUUAAGUGUAGACAAUGCGUUGCGCUAUCUUACAUUUGCGAAGGAGAGAGGUUUGAAGGCUCUCAAGCAAAAGGCUGGAAAAUUUAUCGGUGAACAUAGCGACAAAAUUUAAUUGCUGGGAGUUGAUUCGCUUAUGUAUGGAUCGCGUAAUGUCUACCAGACAGUGGAUGCAUUAAAUUAUUUUAGAUUUUCCAUCGUUUCCUUUUUGUUAGCGCAGACACUUGUUGAGCGAAUAAGUCUAGCUUACAUUGUGUAGUUUUGUCGCUACAAAUUUGGAUCAAACCAGUUGGAUGCAGUCCCAAUCGAGCGUUUAUUUUCUUCAGAAAACACCCUGU